AUGGAUAAUAGCGACAUGUAUCACCGUGCCCUGUCCAUGCCAUGGGAUCACUAUGUCUUCUCCAUGCUGUGGAAUACCUACCAUAGCAUGGGGAUAUGGAAAGCAUUCCCCCUUUUGUAUCCAGGUCCUCUACUCGGGAAAAUUACCGUUUUAAGAGCGACUUAUCACGCCUGGAAAGGGGAUAUUCACCUGGAUAUGUGGUAUUGUCAUCAAAAGUAUGGUCCUAUAGUACGAUAUGGACCUGACCAUGUACUCUUUGACACUGCAUCAGGAUUAAAAGAUAUUUAUAGCACGGGCCGCAAUGUCUGGAAGCAUAGGAACACCUCGGUAUUGAACCCCAACGCCGCUAACCUCGUUACCAUGUACGACAAGAAGGAGCACGCAAAGCGUCGCCGAAUCAUAGGUCCGCUAUUCGCCGAUUCCAAAAUGAAGAAGUUUGAGGAUACAUUGUUACAUCAUAUUGAAACCUUUUGUGAGCAGCUUCAUCCAUCUCAGACUGCACAUCACAACGCCAACGAUUGGGGCCCGGCCAUCAACAUGUCGCACUGCUGCAACUACCUCAUUUUUGAUAUAUUCACGGAAUUUCUGUUUGGGAUAAGCUACAACCUUCAACAAACUGACGAAUACCGUUACGUUGUCCGUUGCAUUGAAGAUGCGGCUAUCAGGAGUGCAGUUCUCAUCUGCUUUCCAUGCAUUGCCAUUUGGAGAUUGGAUAGGAAGAUAUUCAAACAAUCAGUCGAUUGUACCAGGGCCCUUUGGAAGUGGAUUCGUCUCACGGAUAACAUCUUUGGAUAUCUCUCUAAUCCGAAGGAUGGGCAGACAGAAGUGCCACUUUCUGUACAAAAUAUUGAGUCUGAAGUGGGAGUUUUGAUUGUCGCAGGACUUGAUACGACAUCUACGGCAAUGGCCUCAUUGUUCUUCUAUCUCAGUCGAAACUUAUAUGCUUAUGAGAGGGUGGCGUUAGAAGUUAGAACGACUUUCCAAAGCGCUGACGAGAUACGACUUGGGCCGCGAUUGAAGAGUUGUGUAUAUCUCCAUGCCUGUAUUGACGAAUCCAUGCGCAUGUCUCCUCCUAUCGGAUUAUGUCCGUGGCGACAAGCUGGGGAAGGAGGAGAAAUCGUUGACGGGCAUUUUAUUCCGGAAGGAUACUGUGUUGGAACUGGUAUAUACAGCAUUCAUCAUAAUGCGGCAUAUUUCCCGAGUCCGCAUGAGUUCAUUCCUGAACGAUGGCUUCCGGAUUCCGAGGGCAAAAAGGAACAACUCGCUACAGCAAAAUUCGCCUUCAACCCAUUCUCUCUUGGCCCUAGAUCUUGCAUUGGCAAAUUGCUGGCCUAUUCAGAGUUGCUAUUGACAAUGGCUGUGUUAAUCUGGAAGCAUGAUUUUCAGGUGGCUCCAGGACCAGGCGGCAAAUUAGGUGCUGGAUGCCAGGACGACGGGGGGGAAGCAGCAGGUAGAGGAAAUCCUGGGGAGUUCCAAGUUGUGGAUCAGAUCAUCCGCUUGAAAGAUGGACCAAUGCUCCAGUUCCGCCCGAGACAACUAGCCUAG